UUCCUCCAAGCAAGACAACUCGAACGUCUAAAUUCUCGGUGCAAGCCCAUUUCCUCUUCCAUAUUCCACGCCCUACUACGUUCUUCAGCAUUUCCAACAACCGAUCGACCUAAUCUAGCUGUAGAUAUUUCUUACGUCCCACUCUUACUUUUGGCUUAGCGCAGUCGUAGAGAUACUUCUUUAGUAGAAGUAUGGCUUCCAACGCCUCAGUCGCAAAGCUCGGAAUCACAGCAUCCACCGAGCUUUCCACCAGAUACACACUUCUCGAGUUCCUAGGCGAGGGUCAGUACGGCACAGUAUGGCGCUGCCAGGAGCGCGCCACGGGUGACCUCUUCGCGCUGAAGUACGUCGACCUUACCAAGUGCAGCAAAAGGGCGCGUCUCGCCGCUCUAAGCGAAGUCGAAAUUCUCUACAAGAUCCGCGAUUCUGGCUUCUCCGAUAGUGUCGUAACGCUCAAGGACGUGUACGGGGACGACGACUCGCUUUAUCUUGUAAUGGAGCUGUGCACUGGCGGGGAUCUUCUCGAGCUCAUUCAGAAGCAGCCCGGCGCGUUUCUUAGCGAAGCGGAGUCCCGCCACGUGUUCGCAUCUGUAGCGCGCGCCGUCAAGCAGUGCCACGUCAGCAACAUCGUCCAUCGCGACAUCAAGCCCGAAAACAUUCUCCUCGCACCCAUCUCCGCCGCCACCGCCGAUAAUGGCGCCGCUGACGGCGCCGCGACGUCGUUCGCGUACAUCGCGAAGCUCGCAGAUUUCGGGCUCGCGGUCGACGUCCCUUGGUGGCAGCAGAUUCGCGGGUAUGCCGGCAGCAAGCCGUAUGAGGCGCCGGAAGUUAUGGCGGGCGUGGCGUAUGACGAGUCCGCGGAUAUCUGGAGCCUCGGAGUGACUCUCUACGCGAUGCUGUCAGGAAAGUGGCCGCUGUUUAAGGGUGGGAAGCGGGUUCUUGAUGAGAAAGCGGAUUUCGCAUCGGACGACUGGAAGAACGUGUCAGAUGAUGCGAGGGAUCUCAUCCGUCGGAUGCUGCGCGUGGACGUGAACGAACGGUUCACGAUUGACGAGGUUCUGGCGCAUCCGUGGGUGGCUGGACGCGCAGCAGCAGCCGCGCCGAUCGAGACUGCAGCUCCGGAGGACAUGGAGACCGUCGAUCUGUCCGACGAGCUUUCAACUGCUGUUGUUUCGCAAUCCUUCGCUGACAUCACCUCGGGAAUUGCGGGAGCCGACUCAGAAAGCACCGGCACCAGCACUUGGUUCGUUCCCCCCGAAGCGAAAUCUGUGGCAAAUAUCCCCCAGAGCCGCCUUGUCCCCGAUACGAAGCGAUCCGAGACCGCGGAUAGCACGCCUUUCGCAAGCAACACCAACAGCACCGACAGUGAUGGCGGAAGCAGCGGGGAGAAGCGGCGGUGGGGCGGAAAACUGUCUCCGCGCACCGUUCUGAACCGCGUCAUGAAAGUUUUCUCCCCACUCACGCGACAGAGGGAGGUGCCGUGCAUCCCCAUCGAGGUUCUGUGAGCAUCCUUGUUUGUAGGUCAUCCGGAACUGGAUGGCCACCUUAGCCUGGCGUAGCAUAGACUGUUUAUACAGCAGCUACGGAGAACAGGAAGAGUUGCUAUGGUGCCCGGAGAUCUUAUGGUACGAUCCCGGGCACCCUAGCAACUUAUUCCUUGCAAUGUAGUCUGAAACGUACCCCCUUACCAAGUAUUUAUCAAUGUAAUGUUUGUUUUUCAUAAACUUCAUAUUAUUUUGCCAGAAUUGUUCUUACACAU